UAUAACCAAUACGAAUCCCUCAUUGUUAAAACUAUAUUGUUCAGAUUGAAGAUGAUGAACCCUGUUAAGCAUCGGUUCCGCUAUAUUGUCGUCUUUCUUGGUUUGGCAUGUCUUACUUCAAUUCUUUCAAAUUAUAUUAUUAUUAAUUUCACAUUUAUCUGUAUGAAAGAUGAUCCUACUGGAAUUGAAACUACUGAAAAUGGGACAAUUUACAACAGGUAUGACUAUUCAGUUGCUGAGAAAAGUGCAAUAGUUUGGGCUGUGGCAAUUGGUACAAUACUUGGAACAGGUCCAAUUAACUACUCCUAUGUUAGAUUUGGAGCUCGUAUUCCGUUUUUUAUUGCUGGAAUUGUAUCAGCUUUUGCAACAGUGCUAACUCCAUAUGGUGCAUAUCUUGGUUUACCGUAUCUAUUGGCACUAAGAUUCGCUCAGGGUCUUGCUUAUUCCGCCGACUUUGCAGCUAUUGGAAUUGUAUGUGUCCGAUGGGCUCCACUUGCUCAAACCGGACUCUUUAUUUCAAUUCUAACAAGUUUCAGCCCAGCAGCCACAGUGAUGACAAAUGCCGCAUCUGGCUGGUUGUGUAAAUCGUCAUAUGGAUGGCAGUCUGCAUUCUAUGUUCACGCAGCUGCUGGUUUUAUCAUUUUUGCUGCAUGGCUCUAUUUUUAUAAUGAUGAUCCACAAUUGAACCAAAAAGUGUCAGCAAAAGAGUUGACAACUAUUCAAAAAGAUAAAACAAAAGCACAUAUUGAGAGGGAUUCGUUUGUUCCGUAUUGGGAAAUUUGCAAGAAUCGAGUUAUUUUGACUGUUUGGAUCAACUCUUUCUUUGAAAUGACUACUUUGAUUCUUCUAUUGACCUAUUCUCCUAUAUAUUUCCGUAAAGUCCUUGACUUUAGUGUUGUCGAAACUGGAAUGUUGAUAUCCUUGUCGGCAGUAGCUCAUAUGCCAGCUAAACUCUUAUCUGGAUGGUUAUCAGAUCGUCAAUUCCUUUCUGAACGUGUUCGAAUGUGGUUCUUCAAUACUUCAUCAGUCGGACUUGCUGGAUUCAUGUGUGUCAGUUUGGCAUAUAUUCCUGUCUCAUGGAAGUAUACAAGUGUUAUUAUGUUCAGUAUUGUCUACACUUUGAUGGGAACAAAUUGUGGUGGAUUUUAUAAAUGUGGAACAUUUGCGUCACGUCAAUAUGCUCACUUUGUGCUUGCGAUGAUUCAAUUUAUGAAAUGUAUUGCCUUAUUUGCUGCUCCAGCAACAGUUGCCAUAUUUGUAUCAGAUGAAUCAUCUCAUACUCAAUGGGGUCAUGUAUAUAUUCUCAAUGGUUUACUUAUGUUUAUUGCCAAUAUUUUAUUCUUUCCAAUGGCAACUGAUAAACCACAAUCAUUCACAUUUGUCACACGAGAGACGAUUGAAGAAGAGAAAAAGAAACAUCAAUUUGCUUGAUUAAUUCGAAAAAAGAAUUAAAUAUUACGGUUAUGUAUAUAGAUUAAUGUCGAAAUUAAAUUUAUAUUCCGAACAUUUCACCCAAUAAACAAUUGUUCUUCGUUCAAU